AUGGUCGUAGUGCGUCCUCGCCAAUGGAGUCCUCAUGAAGAUUCAGUGUGGACUUCGUUGAGCGCAGUUUUUAGCGCGAUUGAGAGGCUCGGUAAAUUUGGUCAGGCAACCGCAAUGCCGUAG